CACAAGUGACAGAUGUUUCAUAACUCCCUGUCGCCCACUGAGAGGCAGCAGCGGCCUCUCCCAUUCAUGAGCGGAAAAACGCUCUAGAUCGAGUCCAGUCCCGCUGGGUGAUCUCCUCGCUUGUCUCUGCCCUGCGCGCUUCAUCCCGUGUCCAAGUAUAUGGCAAACACAACGCUGGCUCCGGCCACUUAGUCUUUACGUGUAUAGGAAUAAGCGCUCCAGCCAGCAGUCACUCUGGAAAUAAACGCUCCAGCCAGCAGUCACUGUAUCGGAAUAAGCGCUCCAGCCAGUGCAUGAGAGAGGCGGCUGUAGCAGACAGAGACAGCAGGGCGAUUGAUCAUGGACACACAAGACACCACCAACGAGCCAAGGUAACACGUAAGAUUCACACGAAAGAUUCAGCUAUCCCCAGUAUGUGCCACGUUAAACAUCUUUAAAGAAGAAACUGAAACCCCUGUUGGGUGACAGGGUUAUAAAUACAAGAUCUUUCCUAAUAUCAUGGCCCGCUGCAUCAGUAAGUUCAGUGUCAUGUUCAUCAUACUUUGCACUUUUGGCUUCUUUUUCUUGGACUUCUAUGGUAAAUCCAAAUGUCUGAACAGCUGCACUACAGAGCAAGUGCCUGCAAAGCAGCUCAUUGUGAGUAAUUCGAAGGUAGAGGUGACCCGGGAUGAAAAUAAUAAUUUAAUUGAAGAGUUGGAAAAGAAAAAAGAGCUUGAAAGGAAAAAAGAGCUUGAAAGGAAAAAUGAGCUUGAAAGGAAAAAUGAGCUUGAACGGAAAAUGGCUAUUGUCAGAGCAGAAGCAGAACGUUUAGUUAAGCUCCAUCAGAGGCGAGGAGUCCAAUCAAGAUGGCGGUUAAAUAAUAAAUAUGGAGUAUGGAAUGAGCACAUGUCAUCAAAAGACAUACUACCUAGACUGCAGGAGGUAAAGAUGUCGUACCAAUCAAUGAACAAAUACAAAGUAAAAUUUCAGGGAAAACUGGGUCAGCUAUUCACACCACAAGAACUGCUGUGUGCAUUAAAAAUGAAGGUGAAUAUGAAUACCCUUGUGAGUGCUGACCUUCCACUAAAUGCCUCCUCCUGGAGCAAGUACUUGCCAAUAAACACUCUUCAGGAAGAAGUUAAAAGCCUGGGGAAAUGCGCUGUGGUGUCCUCAGCAGGAUCAAUUAAGUACUCAAAGCUUGGACAGGAGAUUGAUGCCCAUGAUGCCAUUUUGAGGUUUAAUGCUGCUCCAACUAUAGGGUAUCAGGCUGAUGUUGGAACAAAAACUACAUUCCGUCUGCUUAAUUCACAGCUUGUUUCCCGUCCUGAGCUCAAAUUCUUAGAAGAUCCUCUGUAUAAAGAAGGCACCUUACUUAUGUGGGAUCCAGCACAAUAUGAAGCAGACUUAGAUCAGUGGCACAGGAACCCAGACUAUAUGUUCUUUGAAAGGUAUAGUGAGUAUCGGAGGAAGAACCCAGACCAGAUGUUCUAUGUCCUAAAUCCAAAGGCUGCCUGGCAGCUGUGGGAUAUAAUUCAGCAAAACUCACCUGAAGACAUUCAUCUGGGCCCUCCUUCAUCUGGCUUUUUAGGCAUCCUGCUGAUGAUGGAUCUGUGCGAUCAGGUAGAUGUUUAUGAAUUUUUGCCAUCCAGACGUCAGACUGAUUUCUGUCACUAUUACGAGAUGUAUCAAGAUCGUGCCUGCACCCUGGGAGCAUACCACCCUCUCAUGUAUGAGAAGAACCUGGUGAAGAAGCUCAAUCUUGGAGACGACAACAAUAUAUAUCACUUUGGGAAGGUCACAAUGCCAGGACUUAGGGGACUGCAGUGCUGAUAUUUAUAAUAUAAAGUAAGAUAGAGCAAAGGAUGUGGAGAAAUAUUUUGGUUUCUAUGCACCAUACAAGAUAUUCCAUUAGAAGACAAUACCACUAGGAGAGAACAUCAUAGAAAGUGCCGCUGAGAAAUCAAUGAAUGAUCCACCCUAUGCACAGUCUAGUCUUCUACCUGGGAAAUCUACAUGGAAAAGAAAAGCCUUUUGUAAAUAGCUGACUGCAUUGUCUACAAACAACUUUUCCCAGAGAUACAUAUUUUUGAGCAUCAACACAUUUUUUGCCAGUUAAUUUUUAUGAACAUACCAUGUGGUAAGGGGACAAACUGAUGAGGACCAAAGACUUUGGAAAAUUGUAUCUCAGGAAGUCCAACUGUGAGAUCAAAUUUUGUGAAUGACACCAAAUGAUUGUUAGGAAUGAACUCUUCAAUUGCCUGGACAGAUAUCUGUGAUAACUAUCUCACUCAGACAAGAUCUGUGAGUAGGUUCACAUGGUAAAUGUUGCACUAGGAGGCUUCACUGGAAACAAGCCCAGUGAUCAUAUGUCAGCAUAUGCAUGCUGGCCUACCUAUUCUAAAUGAUUGUUAGUAUAUAGAGCUACUCAUUCAAGGCUAGGGCAAAAUAAAUAGGUACCAAAGGUAACCUGAUCAACGUGACCACCGAUGUGCAUGGUCCAUUUACUAAAAUGUCCCCUUUUCUGUGCCCAAGCAGAAUGAGUGGAUUUUUGGGAUUCUUAUUAAUGUAAUUAAUAGUGGAAAACGUUAUUUAAAAUGGUGUCUUUGUGAAUGCUUAGCACUGCUCACAAUGUAAAAUCAUUGCACAUUUUUGCUAAACAAAUGUUUACUGUUAACACCUGCUCUGGAGUUUCGUUAAAUAUUGUCGCUAAAAAGACUUUGUGCUUGCGAAAUUUAAUUACAUAUGCUGCAAAAGUCAUUUGUUUGCAAACUUUGUGAUGAAGUCGUUGAGGUCUUUAAUCAGUCAAAAAGGACGCAAAAAUGUUCUCAGGCUUCUUUGUACAGGUUUUUUGCGCUAGCGAAACAUAUUACAUCCCCCCAUAGUCCCUAAAUAGGCAGCCCCUUUACUAUUUGUAGGAUAAAAUACAGAUUUUGGAGCCGGACCCUGAGUCUGGCCAAACACAAAACUCAAAUUUAUGCAUUUACUUACAUAACCGCUGAAGCCGAUGCAGCAUUGCAAUUACCCAUAGCAUCCAAUCAAUCAACAACUGCAAGUAGCAUUUAUAAUGGAAAAGCUGAUUCAUUGCUGUGAUAUUAAUGCACGGGGGCAAUUUAAACCCAACAUUAAUAUAUGAGUCCCUUUUUAUAGCUAGUCUCCAGAAGCACUUUUCUGAGGUUAGGAGCAUAUAGUAAAUAAAAUAUUUUUUAUUGCAACACAAUAUGUACUGUACCUUGACUGUGACUGACAUAGAUCAGCAAGAAGUAAAUUUACUGUUUACUUGUAUUUAUGAAACAAGUUACUUUCUUAAUACAGGUAUGGGAUCAGGAAACCCAUUAUCCAGAAAGCUCCGAAUUACGGAAAGGCCAUCUCCCAUAGACUCCAUUUUAUCUCAAUGAUCCAAUUCUUUUGAAAAGAAUUACUUUUUUUGGCUGUAAAAAUUAAAGAGUACCUUGUUCUUAAUUCAAACUAAGAUAUAAUUCUACCAUAUAAUCCACAUUUUUAAAAAUGAUUUCCUUUUGCUCUGUAAUAAUAAAACAGUAUCUUGCCCAAUUAAGAUUAUGGCUUCCAAUAUAUAUAAUUCCAAUAAUAUAAUUAAUCCUUAUUGGAAGCAAAACCAGCCUAUUGGGGUUAUAUAAUGUUUACAUGAUUUUCUAGUAAUCGUAAGGUAUGAAGAACCAAUUUACAGAAAGAUCCAUUAUCCAGAAAAGCCCAGGUCCUGAGCAUUCCCAUGCCAUACUUGUAUUUGGAAUGAAGGUUGAAUAAAGUCUCCCUGAAACAGCUGCUACAUGUGGGCUCCCUUCAGGACCUUCUAAUAUGCUUUUUUACUGUUUGGACUUUUUAUGCUUUGCAAAAAAUUGUGAAUCUACUGUUUAUCUCAAUUUCAGUAUCCCUGUGCUAUUUUCUUAUUUUCCAGUGUGAUUGUCCAUUUUCUGGAUAAGUCUGUAUAUUCAGAGCAAAGAUAUUCAGUCUGCAGCUACUGAACUACUUCGACCAUUGCCCCUUCCUCUCUGUGCAGGGAGCUUUAGUCCAAGCAGCUGGAGGGCUGCAGAUUGGAUGUCCCUGUUUGCUGAAUUGUCCAAUUUGUUAAUAUUUUAAUUCCCAGAAAUAAAUAGAACAAUAUAUUUUUGUACUAUU